AUGCAGAACAGCCUCUCACUGCUAUGGUUUCUGUGGUUACCAAGUUCUGAUGUGGUCUUCCCUGUUCUCCACCAGAAAUCCUUGCUCAACUCACUGGCAGAGCCAGACUUUGUGAUAACAGAUUUUGCCAUGUCUUCUCGCUCUGCUCAACUGCACAUUGGUUUCCAGGCCUUGCACCAGUUCUGUGCUCAGCAUGGCAGGUCCCCUCAGCCCCACAGUGAGAAGGAUGCAGCAGAACUGGUGACCCUAGCAGAGGCUGUGAAGGCUCAAGCCCCGCCAGCAGUGCAGCAAGACAAUUUGGAUGAAGACCUCAUCAGGAAGCUGGCUUACAUGGCUGCUGGGGAUCUAGCACCCAUGAAUGCCUUCACUGGGGGCUUGACUGCUCAGGAGGUUAUGAAGGCCUGCUCUGGAAAGUUUAUGCCUGUUAUGCAGUGGCUGUACUUCGAUGCCCUUGAGUGUCUCCCUGAGGGCCAGGAGGCUCUUUCAGAGGACAAAUGCCUUCCAUGCCAGAACCGUUAUGAUGGGCAGGUGGCUGUAUUUGGCUCCAGCCUGCAAGAGAAACUGGGCAAGCAGAGAUACUUCUUGGUGGGUGCAGGGGCCAUUGGCUGUGAACUGCUCAAGAACUUUGCCAUGAUUGGGCUAGGUUGUGGGGAUGGUGGGUCAAUCACGGUAACAGACAUGGACAUCAUCGAGAAGUCAAAUCUGAACCGACAGUUUCUGUUCCGUCCUUGGGAUGUCACGGUACCUUAUGCAAUACUUGCCUUUCUACCUCUGGCUAAGCAUGAGCUCAAGGCCAUGCUGCCCACCCCAGAGAGCCUUUCUGGGUUCAAGAUGUACCCCAUCAACUUUGAGAAGGAUGAUGACACCAGCUUCCACAUGGAUUUCAUUGUGGCUGCAUCCUAUUUCUGGGCAGAGAACUAUAACAUUCCCCUCGCAGACCGACAUAAGAGCAAGCUGAUUGCAGGGAAGAUCAUCCCAGCCAUUGCUACAACCACAGCAGCUGUAGUUGGCCUUGUUUGUCUGGAGCUGUACAAAGUGGUACAGGGACACCAACAGCUUGAGUCCUAUAAAAAUAGCUUCAUCAACUUGGCCCUGCCCUUUUUCUGCUUCUCUGGGCCCCUUGCCCCACCCCGUCACCAGUUUUAUAACCAAGAGUGGACACUUUGGGAUCGCUUUGAGGCCCAGGGGCUGCAGCCUAAUGGUAAAGAGAUGACCCUCAAGCAGUUCCUUGACCACUUUAAGUCAGAGCACAAAUUGGAGAUCACCAUGCUGUCCCAAGGUGUAUCCAUGCUCUACUCCUUUUUCAUGCCACCCAGCAAGCUGAAGGAACGGAUGAAUCAAUCGAUGACAGAAAUUGUGAGUCGAAUAUCAAAGCAAAAGCUGGGACACCACGUGCAAGCAUUGGUGCUUGAGCUGCGCUGCAAUGAUGAGGAUGGCGAAGAUGUGGAGGUUCCUUAUGUACGAUACACCAUUCACCAAUUUCUUUAUGUUCCUCUUCCAUGUUUUCAGUCAGCUCAACUUUCUGGCAUAAGCUGA